AUGGUAAAAAACUUAUUCAUCUCAGUUAUUUCUCAAAAAGAAGCAAAUAGGGGAUCUGUUGAAUUUCAAGUAUUCAGUUUCACCAAUAAGAUCCGAAGACUUACUUCACAUUUGGAAUUGCACAGAAAAGACUAUUUAUCUCAGAGAGGUCUACGGAAAAUUCUGGGAAAACGUCAACGGUUGCUGUCUUAUUUGGCAAAGAAAAAUAGAGUACGUUAUAAAGAAUUAAUUGGUCAGUUGGGUAUUCGGGAGACAAAAAUUCGUUAA